AUGAGUAUGAGCAAUCUACCAGGAGCAGCAGGUACACAAAGUGUACGUCGUAAGUUGGUUAUUGUCGGUGACGGUGCUUGUGGUAAAACAAGUCUUCUAAUCGUUUUUGCUAAGGGUAAAUUUCCUGAAGUUUAUGUACCAACAGUGUUCGAUAAUUAUGUGGCAGAUGUCGAAGUUGACGGUAGACAUGUGGAAUUGGCACUUUGGGAUACUGCAGGCCAAGAAGAUUACGACCGACUGAGACCACUUUCGUAUCCUGAUUCCAAUGUGGUUUUAGUUUGUUACUCUGUUGAUUUGCCCGAUUCACUUGAUAAUGUCAUGGAGAAAUGGGUUAGUGAAGUGUUACACUUCUGUCAAGGUGUACCAUUUGUCUUGGUCGGUUGUAAGGCAGAUUUGAGGGAUGAUCCAAGAAUUGUCGAAAGUUUGAGAGAAGCUGGUCAGGAACCAGUCUCUCAUGCAACGGGUCAAAAUGCUGCUGAAACCAUGGGUGCCGUGAGCUUCUGUGAGUGUAGUGCAAAGACCGGUAUGGGGGUUAGAGAAGUGUUCGAAGCUGCUACUAGGGCAAGUUUAAUGGGUAAGCAAAAUAAUAAGAAGUCGAAGAAGGAACAGAAACAGAUGGCUAAGAAGGAACAGAAGAAGAAGAAGAAAUGUGUAAUCUUAUGA